UUGCGCCGUGCGUUCUGUGCUCCAUUUCUGCUGUCCUACACUUCAUUCAGUUGAGUAGGAUUAAUUCAGGGACACUCGGCUGUGUAUCAGGGUCGGUUUGUGGACAGAGGAGACUUUCAGGGGGGAAAUAUAUAUUCGACAGUAUAUAAGAUGAAUCUACAGUGGAGUUGGACAUGUUUCCUGCUCCUGCUCCUGUCCAUGGUAACAUGGGCCCAAGAGAAGGAAGCGCUGGAGGAUGAUGAUUAUAAUGAGGCACAAGUGGAGGACGGAGACCUGGACUCUGAGGCAGACAGCAGUGAAGUAAAUGCUGACGCUAACGUCUCUUUCCAGGUCACUUAUAAGACCCCGGUACCUACUGGUGAGGUUUUCUUCUCUGAGACAUUCGAUGAUGGAUCUUUCAGCAGAUGGAUAAAGUCCAAAACAAUGAAAGAGGAUACAGAUGAUGAUAUCGCUAAGUACGACGGCAAGUGGGAGGUGGAGGCUCUGAAGGAGAACAAAGUGCCCGGUGACCUGGGUUUGGUGCUAAAGUCUCGCGCAAAGCAUCACGCCAUCGCAGCCCCUCUCAACAAACCAUUCGUCUUCAAGAACAAGCCACUCGUAGUGCAGUAUGAAGUAAAUUUCCAGGAUGGCAUUGACUGCGGUGGUGCCUACAUUAAGUUGCUGUCUGAUUCCCCCAAACUUCACUUGGAGCAGUUUCAUGACCGCACACCAUACACCAUCAUGUUUGGGCCAGAUAAGUGUGGUGAAGACUACAAACUGCACUUCAUCUUCAGGCAUAAAAACCCUCUUAAUGGAGAUUUUGAGGAGAAACAUGCCAAGAGGGCCGACACAGAUCUCAGAAAGGUGUACUCCGACAAGAAAACUCACCUCUAUACACUGGUUCUGAACCCAGACAAUACCUACGAGAUAUUUAUUGACCAAUCCAGUGUUGGCAAAGGAAGCUUACUGAGUGACGUGGUUCCACCUGUAAACCCGCCUAAAGAGAUUGAUGAUCCCAACGACUCCAAACCAAGUGACUGGGAUGAGAGAGCUAAGAUUCCUGAUCCAGAGGCAGUCAAGCCUGAUGAUUGGGAUGAGAAUGCCCCUUUAACAAUCCCUGAUCCCGAUGCAGUGAAACCUGAGGGCUGGCUGGAUAAUGAGCCUGAAUUUGUCCCAGAUUCCACAGCUGAGAAACCUGAAGAUUGGGAUGAGGAGAUGGACGGUGAGUGGGAAGCUCCUCAGAUUCCUAACCCUGCAUGUGAAACUGCUCCUGGCUGUGGCGAGUGGAAAUCCCCCACAAUCAAUAACCCUAAGUACAAGGGUAAAUGGAAAGCUCCGCUCAUAGACAACCCCAACUACCAGGGUGCGUGGAGUGCUCGGAGAAUCCCAAAUCCAGACUAUUUCGAAGAUCUAGAGCCGUUUAAGAUGACCCCAUUCCGGGCGGUGGGACUGGAGCUGUGGUCCAUGACGUCUGACAUCUACUUUGAUAACUUCAUCAUUACUGCAGACAAAGAGGUGGCAGACCGCUGGGCCGCGGAUAGCUGGGGGCUCAAAAAACUGGUGGCUAAUGCAAAUGAGCCAGGGGUGUUUACUCAGCUGACAUUGGCAGCCGAGGAGAAGCCGUGGCUGUGGAUCGUGUAUAUUCUGACUGUUGGACUACCCAUUGGUUUGGCUGUUCUUUUCUGCUGGCCAAAGAAGUCUGAGGAUGACUACGUCUAUAAGAAAAUCGAUCCACCCAAAAAGGAAGAGGUAGAAGAAGAAGAAGAGGAGGAGGAGGAGGAGGGAGAUGAGGAAGAGCAGAAAAUAGCGAAGCAUGAGGACACUGUUCAAGCAGAGAAAGCAGCUCAACCAACUGAAAAUGCAGACAGACCUGAGGAGGAUGGUGAAGAAAAUGAAGUUCCAGCGGAGGGGGAGGAUGAAGAGGAUGGUGAAGAAGAGGAUGAAGAGGAGGAGGAUGAGGAAGAAGAGGAGGAGGAGGAGGAAACUAGCAAAUCGAUUGGCAUGCCUUCAGAUGAUGAGAUGAAGGACGCUGAUGAGGGUAUUGACAACGCUGGAGAUGGACAGAAACAAGCUGUGAGAAAAAGGAGAGUACGGAAGGACUGAAAGGCCUGCUUCUUAUCCUUUCUCCCUGUUCCCGUUUCUCCAUUUCUCGUCCUCCUCUCUGCCUCUCUAAAUGCUGCAUGACCCUUUGUGAUGACCACAGUCUCCGCCCCUCCAUCGGAGCUCCUCCUUCUCUUUCUUCUGCUAUCUUAGUCUUCCUCUCCACCAGUAGUUUAUAUGGGUUACUCUUUCAGUUUAGCCGUACCAAUGAAAACUCUAUUUCCUCCAAAGAGGAUUAAACAAGUAGCAAUGAGACCAGAUUUUACAACUGACUGUGCAGACAUAAAGGGUAAGAGGAAAAAAACACAAAACGCUGCAUUUCAUUUUAAACCUGACAUUACGACAUGCCUGAGAUUUAAUUUCAAAGUGUUCUUUAACUUAUUUAAAAGGAGCGUCGAUUUUGUGUGUUUGUUAUUUUAGCUUUAUUGUUUCAAAGAAAGCGCACUGAACAUAUUUAUUAUUUAUGUCAUUUAGAAAAAAAAGAGAAGUUUGAUGUUGGAGAUUUAAAAAAUCUUGCUUUCUGCAGUUAUCACUCCUAGUUUAUAGUGAGGGUUUUGAGUUGACUUUUAGAAUCUCAGUGUUUUCACACAGCACCAGACAAAGCUUUGUAGCUUCCAGCAACAAUCAUUCAGUUGGAUACCUCACACAAAUCUGAUGAGGUACAGAAGAUACAGCAAGCAAAGCUAACAUGAGCAACCAAAAUUUCAGAAUUCUGGUGUUACUCACGUGGACCAAAAUAAUCCAAACGUAAUUAGAUGUAAUGUUUUUGCAGUAGUUUGACCAUAAAGGAAAUAUACAUGAUUGUCCCUUUUGACUAAUAA